AUGUCGAAGAAGGCCUUCACGCCCACCGCCGCGUUGCACUGCAACACACCACCACAACCACAUCAGAAGCUGCUCCGAAAAGAAAGCCAAUUUCACCAAAAUGUUCAUUUCCAAACACAUGUGCAGCCAUGGUUCACUCACGUGUUCAACGUGACUUUCACAAAGUAUCGGAGCAUCGGCAUCCCGCCUCCACGUACUAAGAUAUCAGGUCUUCUGGGGGUGAAAAUAUCUUCAGCAUUAAUAAUUAUAUCAUUACAAGGUCGGAAGAUCAAGAAGAUGUGUGUGGCUGCAAACGUCUCAGUCGAUUCCCCAGGAGGCAGCAGACGUCGAGGAAGGAUUCCGCUUGGAAAAACCCCUCGCCCUGGGCGGGGCUUGGCCUGUGCGCUCUGCGGCUGCUGCCGAAGCGCCCUCCUGGCGAAUCGACACCGCGCCUUUCAUAAACCCCUGGAACUUCUGCGAGGCGGCCCGCGCCGUGCUUUGACGCCCUUGAGCACCGUCGCCGCCACUGGGCUCGUGCCUUUGGAAGGAGCUCGAGCACACGCAGAGGAGGGGCAGGCGCUAAUGGCGCAAAAUUGCGAUAAGCAAGGGCUGCUGGGCGUCCUUUCUCGUGAUACACGACUGGAUUCCGCCGCCGCCGCCAGGGUUUCCUGCGGGUGUCUUGUCCUCCCAGCGGACUUCCUGGAUGGCGGGGCGGUGCGGGGCGGGGAUGAGCGCUAA